UAUUCAUUCUUGCAUACCAGGAAAUUACCUAUUGCACACACCAUUGACAAGCCUAGCCUUCUCUCAGUUUCGCUUAGUUUUUUCUGUUGGAUGUUUGGAUCAUUAAACGCAAAUUGUGGUCACCCAAACCAUCUUAAACAAGGCACAUGAACCAUGUACUACGAAGCAGGAAUUGGAGCACGAAAACCGGAAUCUCCAGUGACUGCUGAGUCUCCAUUUGAUAGGAUAGUUAAAUGGCUAUCAGUGUAUGUUAUUGGAUUGAUGGCACUGUUUCUACUCGUAAAGGAACAUGUAUUUGACGACGUCAUGGUUUGUCAGCCAAUCAACAGAGCCGUUAAAGAGCACCUGUCCUACUCUCAAACCCAGGCCAUCUAUGACAAAGCAUACUGCUCGGCCAACAUGACAGACUUCAGUAAUAAUCUCAUUAGGGCGGAAAACGAGGCCAUUAAUCGUAUUCCUGGGGUCACAGUUCUUGGAAUAAAAGGAAACCCCAAGCUUAUGUAUCAGCGGUAUUUUCCACUCGCUUUAGCAAUUCAAGCGGUUGUUUCUUAUCUUCCGGUGUUGCUAUGGUUACUAUGGUGUACAGAAAGGCUCACGAUCGCUAUAAAAUAUAUUGCACACAUGUGUAAAGAUUUAGCGAAAAUGGACUGCAAUGGUCACCCUGUGCAGAGCACGCCUAAACCAUUCAUGUUCUCGCGCGCUGCUUCAGUGGAAGCACGACAAAGAUUAGGACAACUGGACUGUCAAAUAAAUUACUGGCUUGGCCAGAAAUACCUAACAAGACUCUUCAUCGCCAAGCUAGUUCUGACAGAGCUGAUAUUCAUUUCAUCUCUUUUAUGCUACUUUUUAAGCUCACCACUCUACGUGUCGAGCUUUAAGACCCAGUUCGUUUGCCGUGUGGAUGACUUGAGCCUCGUUUCGUGUACCCUUCCCAUCGUACGCAUCUAUGUAGUUAUAUGGUACGCGAAUAUACUAGUGUUGGACAUCUGUAUUCUUUUCACUGCAUUCCAGUUUAUGAAUAUCCUUUGCUGUAUGCUCAGGACAAAGGAUUCCUUUUUCCUGACUUUCCUUGGCAUGGAGUCUGAUUCUCAGCCAAAGACCAUGACAGACGCACACUUGAUCUCGUACUUCUGUUAUCAAAACCUCCGGGUAAUGCCUCCAGAUAUUCUACUGUGCCAGGCAACRAGGGCCAAGAUAUCUUUGACAGCUUCAAGUACUUUGAUUUCAUUUGGCGAGACCGAAAGUGAUUUGUCUGACGAAGCUACACCUUACUAUACGGCUGCUAAUACACCAAUAGCAAGAAAAUAAAAGAAUACAUAAAAGGACCUUAAUAAUAUACAGGAUUGCCUGUCGACCUCUUGAAAACCRGCGAAUAAUGGGCCGGCAUGCACCCUAGCACCCAGAGCCUAAAAUUAUGCUUUUAUYGUUUGCAGAGUUUAUGAGUUUUAAUUACUAAGUCAGGAGUUGUAAAGCUKUUGUUCGCGUUGCUGGCCCGAUGGDUCUUUAAAGAGGGAAAGGGAAUGGGRUGCUUAAAGCCUUACAAAUCACCCACAAAUGUUCAAAAUAUUGAUAUUGCCUUGCAGUUAAUAUAGAACAGAAGAGCAAGAGGUAUUUAAAGGUACCAUGCAUUUACCUCCGUUUAACGAAAGCUAGUGAUAUAUAUCAGAUCGUAUUGUUGUGUAAGCUUGCUUUAUUUACAUCAGCCACGAUUACAUAUUAAGGCAGCCAGUUAGUUUCCGGGUAUCCCUAUCUAUGAGUUAACGUGAGUUUGAGUAGAGGAGAUCUGGGCUCGAAAUAGCGGCCUGCCAAUGGCCAAAAUGCAGGUCGAAUUUUAAUACUGACAGGCUAAAAAAAAAAACAUUUUGAA